CAACUUUCAGCGUUGUUGGAGAGCAUGCGUCAUCUUCGUCGUCGUUGUCGUUGUGUUUGUUUGCCUCGACUCCACCACCUGAACACCCUUCCCCAUAUCCUCCCUCCCCCACUUCCCUCGUUUUAGCCAACCUUGGCUCAUGACGAUGUGCGGCGCUGUUGUGCUUUGGACUGUUUUGGUCGUUGCCCUUGGCGUCGGGGAUGCCAGUCUUGGCGCGCCUGUGCAGGGAGAGGGCAAGUUCAUCUGGUUGAGCGACCUGCAUGUGGAUCCAUACUAUGGAACGUCAGAUGCAUUCGGCGGCUGCACCUCUCCGCAGCAGUCGCCGGUGCUUGGUGCCUUUGGCUGUGACUCGCCCUGGGCCCUCGUCCAGCAAGCCAUCGCCCAAGCCAAGGCCACGCUGCCCGACCCAGACUUUGUGCUUGUGACAGGCGACUUCUCACGGCACGACAACGACAAGGUGCCGCAGCCGUUUGAGAUGCUGCAUGCGCUCAUGCACAACGUCUCCGAGCUGCUCAGCACCACCUUCCCCGGAACCCACACGCUGCAUGCGCCGCUCACGGAGGCACACGCAGAGGUGGCCAUCUCCCUCGGCAACAACGACGUCAUCCCAGACUACUUCCUGGACACCACAAAACCCGACAGCAAGCUGUUGUCGCUUGUCGCCGACGCCUUCAACAGCACGCUCACGCCGAGCGAGCUGGCCAGCGUGCGCAAAGGCGGGUAUCUCAUGCGCGCCGUCUCCGACACGCUGCGCCUCAUCUCCCUCAACACCGUCAUCUACUCCCCCUACCACGUGCCAGACUCUGCCUCGGCCCACGACCCGCUCGGCCAGUUUGAGUGGCUCAAGCAGCAGCUGCGCGACGCGCGCCAAGCAAACGCCGCCGUGUACAUUGUGGGCCACAUCCCGCCAACGCUCGGCAGCUACGACAAGAAGCAGAACUGGCGCACGGACCGCAUCACGCAGUACAACAUGCUCCUGUCCGAAUUCGAGGACGUGGUCAAGGCGCAGCUGUUUGGACACCUGCACUCCGAUGAGUUUCGCAUCCCGCACGAGGCCGCGCGCGUUGUGCCGCUGCUCAUUGCGCCAUCGGUCACCCCAGUGUACCGCAACAACCCGAGCUUGCGCAUUGUCACCUACGACCGGGGCAGCGGCACCAUCGUGGACCACCACACGCGGUAUGUGGACGUGCACCACCCGGAGUACGGGUGGAGGGACCUGUACUCGUUUGCCAGCCAGUACGGGGUGAGCGAUCUCACUGCCAAGAGCCUCAACGCCACCGUCACCAAGAUGGCCAACAAGCCCGCCGUCAUGCAUGAUUUCCUCCACGUCCUGCGACAAGGGGUGGACCAGGGCGACUGCAACGACGAGUGCACGAAGGAGUGGAUCUGUCUGUUCCGCGCUGCCAACAAGACGGCGUACCAGUCGUGCAUCGACCACAGCAGCAGCGGCAGCGGUGGUGACGACGAUGAUGAUGAUACCAACACCGACGACGAAACUGGCCACAAGGGCGGCAAGAAGGCGCUUUUGGUUGAGGGAGUGGCGGGUGGCGGCGGUGCGGUGGUGAUUGCAGCAGCGGUGGUGGUGGCCGUACUCCGGAGCAGAAGCAAGACCACAAACGGCGCAUAUCUCCUCGUUGCAGACGACAGCGACGACGAAGACGACGAAGACGGUGGUGCCGGUGAUGUUGGAGUUGCCGCGCAUGAUGCUGCGUACGAUGAUGACAUGGGCAACGAAUCCUGAGGGGCGUGGACAGGGGUGGUGUGUGUGUGUGUGUGUAUGUGUGUGUGUGUGUGUGUGUGUGUGUGUGUGUGUGUGUGUGUGUGUGCGUCUUUGCUGCAACACAAUGACGUCAACCCCACCAAGCGAGUUAUUGUCGAACAGUGUGCCGUUCUUGCUGCCAGCGAUGUCGGUUCCUGCCUUUCACUGGGUUCAGUGCGUUGUUGUUCGCACAAGCGUGUCCGCUGUGCACAUGCUGUGCUUGUUAGUUUCCUGCUUGUAAUCGCUGUUGUGUUAAUCGAAUGGUCUGGCGUGCAAACACGCACACGCAUAUGAGACAAGCGUUUUCUGCAAGCGCGUCAUGCACAUGAUACAAACAAAGGGCAGGGGGAGAGCAGACGUGCCAGUGUGCCAGCGUUCGAGUGCGUGAGGCCACAAGAGCCACGCGU